AUGAAGCCUCUGAAUGACCGGGUUCUCAUCAAGGUUGCCGAGGCUUCAGAUAAGACUGAAGCUGAUCUUAUCCUCACUGAGACAACCAAGGAGAAGCCAUCCAUUGGAAUAGUAAGUUCUGUUGGUCCGGGCUCCCUUGACGAGGAAGGCAAAAGGCAGCCAUUGUCGGUGUCACCAGGCAGCACUGUGCUGUACUCCAAGUACGCAGGCGGCGAGUUCAAGGGAGCUGAUGGCACAAACUAA